AUGGCACCACUCAAUGUACCUCUAGAACGACGAUUACAAACAUUAGCUACUCUUAUCUAUGGUAUUGAACCUUCAGUAGUCAUUGGCUUUUUUAUAUUUCUUUGGACAAUACCAUUCCUUUGGCCUAUUUUAAUAGCUUAUGUGAUUUGGAUUAUUAAGGAUGAAGCUCCUGUUCGUGGUGGACGAAGAAUUGAAUGGGUUCGUCGUCUCAAGUUUUGGAAAUAUUUUGCUGAAUAUUUUCCUGUCAAUAUUAUCAAGGAAUCAGACUUGGAUCCAAGCAAAAAUUAUAUAUUUGGAUAUCAUCCACAUGGUAUUUUGGCAUAUGGUGCAGUGAUUACUUUUGCAACUGAAGGCAAUGGUUUUAGUCAACAGUUUCCUGGUAUUGAAACUAAUUUGAUGACUCUACAUUCCAAUUUCAAAAUGCCAUUUCAUCGGGAUUAUCUAUUAUCACUUGGAAUCUGCUCUGUCUCUCGAAAAUCAUGCAAAUAUAUCUUACAAAGAACUGGUCGUUCUAUUGCUAUUGUUGUGGGUGGUGCUACUGAGUCUUUACAUGCUUACCCUGGUAUUAUCGAUCUGACUCUGAAGAAACGUCUUGGUUUUGUGAAAAUUGCUGUAGAAACAGGUGCUAGCUUGGUUCCAGUUUUAUCUUUUGGUGAAAAUGAUAUUUAUGAUCAAAUCAAAAGCGAACAAGGUUCUUGGUUAUGGCUUUUACAAAAAAGAAUUCAAGCUGCUUUGGGUUUUACUAUGCCUCUUUUCCAUGGAAGAGGCAUUUUUAAUUAUGAUAUUGGAUUGAUGCCUCACCGUAAACCUUUGAAUGUUGUUUUUGGUAAUCCUAUUGAUCCUCCUUCAAAUGUCUCUGAUGAAGAAAAGGAUAAUGUCGUUCAAGACCUCCAUACUCAGUAUAUGAAUAGUCUUCAAGCAAUUUGGGAUAAAUACAAAGAUGAUUUUGCUCCUAAUCGUGUUCAAGAAUUAGCAUUUGUUGGUUAA